AUGCUUGACGAGUUGAGCCCAACGGACGUUUCAAACUGGAGCACGACGUAUGAACUGCAAGACUUCUAUAUCACAUUUUUCGAUCAGACCAGCGGACAAUAUGUUAAUCACACACACAACGUUACACAGGCUUACCAAUCCUACAUACUACCCUGGUGGAGACAACUGUUAUGGACUAUACUUUUCGCGGGAAUGAUUGUGGUUUCCACCGUUGGAAACCUCGUGGUCAUUUGGAUAGUACUUGCUAACAAACGUAUGAGAAGCGUCACCAAUUAUUUUCUAGUGAACCUCUCGAUAGCGGAUACAAUGAUGUCAACACUAAAUGUGACCUUCAACUUUACUUACAUGUUGUAUUCGGACUGGCCAUUUGGACACUUCUACUGCAAGUUCUGUCAAUUCGUGGCCGUGUUGAGUAUAUCAGCUUCUGUUCUCACUCUCAUGGCCAUCAGUAUCGAUCGAUAUGUAGCUAUAAUGAGCCCUCUUCGACCGAGGUUGGGGAAACGAGCUACGCUUGGCAUAGCAGGCGCGAUAUGGGCUAGCAGUUGUGUGAUCAGCAGCCCAAAUUUCCUCUAUUUCACCACAGACACCGACUUAUUACCGGAUGGUAACGUGAGACGCAUUUGUUUUCCCGACUGGCCUGAUGGAAUAACGACGAGAUCUCAACUGGAAUAUGUAUACAACGUAAUGUUUAUGCUUCUUACAUAUUUUCUGCCGAUAAUGUCGAUGACUUAUACGUACGCUAAGGUCGGCGUUGAAUUAUGGGGGUCCAAAUCCAUCGGGGAAUGCACCCAACGGCAGUUGGACAACGUUAAGAGCAAACGAAGGGUGGUGAAAAUGAUGAUAGUCGUCGUAGUAAUAUUUGCUGUAUGUUGGCUGCCAUUCCAUGUUUACUUCAUUGUAACGUCAUAUUAUCCAGACGUAGUGAACUAUCAGUACAUACAAGAAAUCUAUCUAGGAAUAUACUGGCUCGCAAUGAGCAAUUCAAUGUAUAACCCUAUUAUUUAUUGCUGGAUGAAUUCCAAGUUUCGACGAGGUUUCAAACAGUUCUUCUGGUGUUGCGGUGCCAUGGGAAAUGGAACCCUCAACAGGCAUAGAGCAUUCGGCCCAGAUCGUCUCGACAUGUCCAUGAGAUCUGUAUCUCCGAGCAGGAAGAAUGGUACAAGUACAAUACGGAUAUCGCUUCACAGCACGUACAACAAUACGAUGAUGAGCAGCAUUUGA